CAGGAAACUGGUGCCAAGGCAGUGCCCAUGAAGCCUUGCCCUGGCUUCAGAGUCUGCUGAAGAGAUGACUUCAAAGUUCUUCAUGAAGGAGGCUGCAAGGCUCUGCCCGCACUUGGGAGACACCACUUGCUGCCAGAGCCAGAAGCAGCAGCAGCCCCUUGCUAUGGAGCCACUGCAGUUGGCCCCCACGGGCCCACGGAAGAAGAGGACCAGGCUGACGGACACACCAACGGCCUCCACUUCUGAGGACAUCAAGUUUCGGGAUCUGGUCCUCUUCAUUUUGGAGAAGAAAAUGGGAACAUCCCGCAGAGCCUUCCUCAUGGAGUUGGCCCGAAGGAAAGGCUUCAGGGUUGAAAAUGAGCUCAGUGAUUCCGUCACCCACAUUGUGGCAGAAAACAACUCUGGUUCAGAUGUUCUGGAGUGGCUUCAGGUACAGAAAAUAAAGGCCAGCUCACAGCUAGAACUCCUCGAUGUCUCCUGGCUGAUAGAAUGUAUGGGAGCGGGAAAACCAGUGGAGAUGACAGGAAAACACCAGCUUGUGGUGAAAGGAGACUAUUCAGCCAGCCCCAAUCCAAGUCCUCAGAAGACUCCACCACCUGCUGUAAAAAAGAUCUCACAAUACGCGUGUCAGAGAAGAACCACCUUAAACAACAAUAACCACAUAUUCACGGAUGCCUUUGAGAUACUGGCUGAAAAUUGUGAGUUUAGAGAAAAUGAAGGGUCUUAUGUGACAUUUAUGAGAGCGGCUUCUGUGCUGAAAUCUCUUCCAUUCACAAUCAUCAGCAUGAAGGACACAGAAGGAAUUCCCUGCCUGGGGGACAAGAUAAAGUGUAUCAUAGAGGAAAUUAUUGAAGAUGGAGAAAGCUCUGAAGUUAAAGCUGUCUUAAAUGAUGAACGGUAUAAAUCCUUCAAACUCUUCACUUCUGUAUUUGGAGUGGGAUUAAAGACAUCUGAGAAAUGGUUCAGGAUGGGUUUCCGAACUCUGAGUAAAAUAAGAACUGACAACACCCUGAAAUUUACACAAAUGCAGAAAGCAGGAUUCCUCUACUAUGAAGACCUUGUUAGCUGUGUGACCAGGGCAGAAGCAGAUGCAGUCAAUGUGCUGGUUAAAGAAGCCGUGAGGGCAUUUCUGCCAGAUGCCUUUGUUACCAUGACAGGAGGGUUCCGGAGAGGUAAGAAGGUUGGGCAUGAUGUAGAUUUUUUAAUUACCAGCCCAGGAUCAACAGAGGAAGAAGAGCAACAAGUUUUACACAAAGUGACAAAGUUAUGGGAAAAGGAGGGAUUACUUUUAUACUGUGACCUUAUUGAGUCUACAUUUGAAAAGUUCAAGUUGCCUAGCAGGAAGGUGGAUGCUUUAGAUCAUUUCCAAAAAUGCUUUCUGAUUUUAAAAUUGAACCAUCAAAGGGUAGACAGCUGUAAGUCCAACCAGCUACAAGGCAAGACCUGGAAGGCCAUCCGUGUGGACCUGGUCAUGUGCCCCUAUGAGUGCCGAGCCUAUGCCCUGCUGGGCUGGACUGGAUCCCGGCAAUUUGAGAGGGACCUCCGGCGCUACGCUACACACGAGCGGAAGAUGAUGCUGGAUAACCAUGCCCUGUAUGACAAGACCAAGAGGAUAUUUCUUGAAGCAGACAGUGAAGAAGAAAUCUUUGCACAUCUGGGACUGGAAUACAUUGAACCAUGGGAAAGAAAUGCCUAGAGAAAAGUUGCAGACUUUU